AAAGCCUCGCCGCGUCUCCAGAGAGUUCUAACUGAUAACGUCAAUGGCAGAGGUGGAGGAGCAGCAGCACGAGAACCACAAUCUGGAGAAAAAGGCGAAGCUUAAAGUUAAACACGACAAGCCGAAGCCAUGGGACGAUGAUCCAAACAUCGACCGUUGGACAAUCGAAAAAUUCGAUCCGGCAUGGAAUCCGACGGGCAUGCUCGAAGUAAGCACAUUCUCCACGCUCUUUCCUCAAUACAGAGAGAAGUAUCUUCAGGAAUCUUGGCCCCGAAUCGAAUCCGCUCUCAAACAAUACGGCGUCGCUUGCAAACUCAACCUGGUUGAAGGAUCUAUGACUGUUUCGACGACGAGGAAGACGAGAGAUCCUUAUAUCAUUGUGAAAGCUAGGGAUUUGAUUAAGCUUCUUUCGAGAAGUGUUCCUGCUCCUCAGGCAAUCAAGAUUCUGGAAGAUGAAGUGCAGUGUGAUAUCAUCAAGAUUGGAAACUUGGUUCGGAAUAAGGAAAGAUUUGUUAAAAGAAGGCAGCGGCUUGUGGGUCCUAAUUCUUCUACCUUGAAGGCGAUGGAAAUAUUAACCGAAUGUUACAUUCUAGUUCAGGGAAGUACGGUAGCCGCAAUGGGUUCUUUUAAAGGUCUAAAACAAGUCCGAAGGGUUGUGGAACAGUGCAUGCGUAAUGAACUUCAUCCUGUAUACCAGAUAAAGGAUCUCAUGAUGAGAAAGGAACUAGCAAAGGAUCCAGAGCUUGCAACGCAAAGCUGGAAUAGGUUUCUUCCUUCUUUCAAGAAGAAAAAUGUUCAGCAAAAGAAGCCUAAAAGCAAGGAGAAGAAAACAUAUGAACCAUUACCUCCUCCUCAGCCACCUAGAAAGGUUGAUUUGCAACUGGAGUCUGGAGAAUACUUCUUGAAUGACAAAAAGAAGUCGGAGAAGAAGUGGGAGGAGAAACAAGGGAAACAGGCAGAGAAGAGUACCGAGAAGAAGAGAAAGAGAGAUGCCUCAUUCCUCCCACCUGAGGAAACUGUGCAGAGGAUUAACAACUCAAACAAAUCUGAGGAUGGAAAGAAAGAUCUAACCGAGUUAACACAAGCUUUAAAGAGCAAGACAAAAGAGUUGAAGAAGCGGAAGAAGACACAAGAGAAAGUGAAUGCAGAAGAUUAUAUUGCUGUUGCGUCUGCUGAAAACUCUUCCAAGAAGAGAUCCAAAGUCACAAGAGAUUAAUCUUAAAACAUGUUUACUUGAAUUUUGAAACACAUCUCUAUCUUCCAAACUAUACCAAGUGUAAUCUUAUUUUAUUUGUUCUCGCGUGUCGGUCAUAUGUACGAGUUAACUGAACUCCGUCGUUGGAUUUGAUCAGAACUUCAAAACGAAUGAGAUGUUGUGGAACUUAUCCGAAUACGGAAUCUUUUUG